AGUCUUUGCAGAGACGAGACGAGGCGAAGAGAAGCCGCAGUCGAAAUAUCUUAGUGUUUCAAGAAGUUGAUGGUUUUUACACUGAAUAUAUUGUACAACAAGAGAAAUAAUUGUCUUGAUGAAAACAAAAAAAUAUUUCAAUGCAUUCCAAUAAUUUUAUCAUGUGGAUUUUCUUCUCAAUUUUGUUCAAAUAUCAUCUAUUUUCGGUGGUUGGUGCUAAUUUAACCAAUGAAGCAGACGACCUGCAAUCUGCUGUAGUGAAGGCGCGUUGUACAGCUCUUUGUCUCGCUAAGUUUGGUGUCCAGCAGUCGAUGGUAGGAGAACUAGCUACAUACAACCUUUACCGACCGUUUCACUGUCAAGAUGACAUCUGCCGUCAGCUGUCUUUGAGUAUUCUUAUUCAACAGGCGCUCUUACCAUGCCACUGGAAGAAGAAAACUGAAGCAACAUGUCUCAAAGAUUGUCCUUCACAGCAAUGCCGUAAAACAUGUGCUUUGAUUCAGUAUUUGCGGGAAUGGAUCCACAACCACGACAGAAUUCAGGAAGUGGGAACUUUGUCUUCUGCGAACCAUUCCACUGGCAUUCAAUUUACUGGGCCGAACAUCAUCUGUAAACAAGACAUGUGGUGGACUGACCAAUUAUUUCUUCAUUCUGUCUACUACAUUUACUGGAAUAUCACCUACAGCCACAAACAGCCUUCCCCUGGACCUGUUGUUGUUCUGGUCUCGGUGAAACAAAACGAUGACCAAAAAUGGCACAUUGUUGCAAAUACCAGUCGUCCCCUUUUCCCAGUGAAAUUGGACAACAAUAUGAGGUACUCUCUACACUUGACAGCUGUCAACCAGCAUGGUGUUGUUGGUAUGGGCUCGACAAUAUGGACAACACACAUACCAGACCACCCCUUACCACAACCCAUCCACAAGCUGGAGCUGAUGGGACAUGCCCUGAAGGAAGACACUAUUACAGCCAAAAUAAAAUGGCAAACGAAACAAGACCAAAGCUGUUUCUAUAAACUCAAAUGGACCUCCUCCACUAAGGAGUUCAACUCGAAGAACCUUGGGCUGCCCCUCAAACCAGAAUACACCAUAAAGGGUCUUCACUUCUCUGACCGCUACAACUUAUCUCUGAUGACCACUAACCAGCAGUUUAGCCAGUUCAGUAUUCCAGUAAAUAUAUCUUUCGCCACACCGUCCUGCCUCACACUCACCAAUUUUAGUUACACUCAGUGUGCUCCAGAAUCCGUCCGUGACCUCCAUUCCUGGAAAGCAGAAGUCAACAGAAAUGGAAGCAACAGUUCAAUUGUCCAUAUCAAGUGGAAAGCGCCUGCCCACCUCUCACACAGAAACCCAAUUACCGGAUACUUGGUCUCCUGGACGAAACUGGUGCCCCUUCUACAGGCACCUUACAUAAAACCAGACAAGGCUAGAAUUCAACUGCCACCAGGGGCCCUUACCUGUGUCCUAAAAGAUCUACAACAUGGCUACCAGUACAAAGUAAUCGUGCAGACAGUCUCGAAAGGAGGCCUCAGUCAACCAAAUGCCAUUCUGCUGCAACCUGACAAUGUUAUGACAUUGGAUCCUGUGGAGCGGAGGUUUGUGACAACACUCUAUCCCUUUGAUGUAAAAGUGUCCACCCUACUUACCAUGGUCAUCCCUAUCUCACUGAUGUUGCUGGCUUUAGUGGUCACCCUAAUGUUUCUCUUGAUUAACCAUCGCAAGAAUGUCCCUUCUAUUUGUGGUAAAAGUCACCAUACAAAGGACAUUGAGAAAGCCCUCUGUGCGAAAAGGGUCCCAGCACAACCAUCACUACAGUGCAAAGACUCUUAUGUACUGGACCCGAAUCAAGUACACUUGAUGGAUGUGAUUGGUGAAGGAGCGUUUGGGAAGGUGAUGCGGGCUAAAUACAUCAGUUCUACUUUGCCAGGUAUCAAGACCACUGUUGCUGUGAAAAUGUUAAAAGACAAUGCCAGUUACAAUGACAAAAAGAUGCUGUCUCUUGAGAUUAGUGCCAUGAGGGAUCUUGGUUCCAACAGACACAUUGUCAGUCUCAUUGGUCACUACUGUGUUAGGAACCAACCGGUUCUGGUGUUGGAAUAUUGUCCACUGGGGGACUUACAGAAUUACCUGAGGAAGUUCAGGGACAAGGACCCCCACACUGCUAGAACCACCCAAUAUGGUUACCAGAAUGAUCCUGGGCCUGGCAGCAGCAACCGUCUGAAAGAAUUUCCAGAAAUGACCUUCACUACAAUGUUGUCAUACAUUCGACAGAUUGCCAUUGGCAUGGAGUAUCUCUCAGCUCAAAAGAUCAUUCACAGGGACCUGGCUGCCCGCAAUGUACUGGUAUCUUCCCAUAAUUUGGUCAAACUAUGUGACUUUGGGCUGGCCAGGGAUGUUUACGAGAAUGACUUCUAUCACUUGAAAAGCAGACAGAAACUUCCUUAUAAGUGGAUGGCCAUUGAAACAUUGAAAGACCAAAUAUUUACUGUGAAGAGUGAUGUGUGGUCCUUUGGUGUGGUAAUGUGGGAAGUAACUUCCUUUGGUAGUUGCCCCUAUCCUGGUUUAAAUGGCCUUGAACUCUAUCAGUCUCUUGAGCAAGGAUAUCGCCUGACCUCUCCUCCAAACUGUUCACCAAAACUUUAUUCCAUAAUGAAGAAUUGUUGGCACAGAGAAUCAACCAUGCGUCCUGGGUUUUCAGAAUUACGCUGGAGUGUUGAAAAACUUAUGGAAGAAGAGAAUUGUUACCUUCAGUUAGAGAGCGGAAGAGAAUGUAGUGCUGUAGAUGGCGCUGUUGCAGCCAGCCCGUUAUUGGAACCAAACAAAUCCUCUCCUAAUUGUAUUGAGAUGAAGGCCACCACUCAGGAGGAUUACUUGUCACCUGACAUGAGUCUACAGAAGCCUGAACCCAGGCGGUAUCAAGUUGUUGAGAGACAAAGGGUCGUCACUACACAUGUCUAUAAGUCACCAAAGGAUGUCACCUUGAAACACUGUAUAUUUCUUCCCAAAUCUGUCUCUGUCAAACUCUCAACUUUGAAUAGUUUGAAAUAUUUUCAAGAGAAAGUUUACGAUUCUGGUUCUGGAUAAAGAAGACUGGGAACAAAUUUGGCAAUUUUUGGCAAAAUAUGUACCCUUUUACCAAAAGUUAGUGAAAUAUUUAAAAUGUUUACAGUUGGAUAGAUAGACAAA